GGGGCUGUGCGGGCGCCGCCCCGCCCGAGGGAGGGCCGGAGGGGGCAGGGCCGCCGUCCCCGCCCCGUGGUGGCCUCCCCGCGCGCGCCGGCCGGACGGGGGCUUCCUGCUGGGCCCCCUUGGCGGGGAAGGCGGACCCCCACUUCUAACGUGAUGGGCAGGAAGGAGACUUUCGGCCAGUCCCUCUCACACCGGCUUCUGGCCUGAGCCGCCGACCGUGACCCGGAAGGAGUGCAGCCAGCAAGGAGCCAGGUGGAGAGCCCUCACUGGGGACCUGGGGCCAGGAAGCCCCUGGCUGGUCCUCCACAGAGCUCAGCUUUGAGGAUGGAGUCAGGAGAGGGGUCCUCAACAGCCCCGACCCCCACUGCUGCCCUGGAGGAGCCGAACAUCGGGCCUGACUGCUCUUCCCCGGGGCUGCCAAGGGCAGCCCCAGGGAAGUUCCAAGCACUGCCCCUUGGGCCCAGAGCCCCCCGCAAGGACCCUGACCCUGGGAGUCCCGGCAGCCCGACCGCAGGGGACAGGCCCCCGGAUGCAGGCCCCGCGGGGGACCCCAGUGGUGGCGCUAAGAUCCCUAAUCGCGACAGUGGGAUCGACAGUCCAUCCUGCAGCGUGGCCGGCGAGCACUUUCCCUGUGAGGAGGGUGGUGAGGCCGGCCUGGGCCCCGUGGUCCCGGGGCUACACCCAGAGGCAGCCCCAGAAGGUGGGGCCCUGCGGGAGGAGGCCGACAGCGAUGAUGUGGGCGAAGGUAGCGGUGAGGAGCCAGACACCGAGAACAGCCCGCCGGGGGCCCGUGCGGACACAGCCAAGGGCUCUGAGCCCCAGAAGCUGCUCCACAUCGCCCAGGAGCUCCUGCACACAGAGGAAACCUACGUGAGGCGGCUACACCUUCUGGACCAGGUUUUCUGCACCCAGCUGGCGGAAGCAGGCAUCCCUCCAGAAGUCACCACAGGCAUCUUCUCCAACAUCUCCUCGAUCUAUCGUUUCCACGGGCAGUUCCUCCUGCCGGAACUGCAGACACGGAUCACGGAGGAGUGGGACACGAACCCCCGGCUUGGAGACAUCCUGCAGAAGCUGGCCCCGUUCCUCAAGAUGUACGGCGAGUACGUCAAGAACUUCGACCGUGCCGUGGAGCUGGUGAGCACUUGGACCCAGCGCUCACCGCUGUUCAAAGAGAUCAUCCAGGGCAUACAGAAGCAGGAGGUGUGCGGGAACCUGACUCUGCAGCACCAUAUGCUGGAGCCCGUGCAGAGGGUCCCCCGCUACGAGCUGCUGCUCAAGGACUAUCUGAAGAGGCUCCCCGGAGACGCCCCUGACCGGAAGGAUGCAGAAAGGUCCCUGGAGCUCAUCUCCACUGCCGCCAACCACUCCAACGCCGCCAUCCGGAAAAUGGAGAAAAUGCACAAGCUGUUGGAGGUGUAUGAGCGACUUGGUGGUGAGGAGGACAUCGUCAACCCCGCCAACGAGCUCAUCAAGGAGGGCCACAUCCUGAAGCUGUCUGCCAAGAACGGCACUGCCCAGGACCGCCACCUCUUCCUGUUCAACAGCAUGAUCCUUUACUGUGUGCCCAAGCUGCGGCUCAUGGGCCAGAAGUUCAGUGUGCGGGAGAAAAUGGACAUUUCGGACCUCCAGGUGCAGGAUAUCGUCAAGCCAAACGCACCCCACACUUUCGUCAUAAUGGGAAGGAAGCGGUCCCUGGAGCUGCAGACUCGGACGGAAGAAGAGAAGAAAGAAUGGAUUCAGGUCAUUGAGGCCACCAUUGAGAGGCACAGGCAGAACAGCCAGACCUUCAAGGCCUUCAGCGGCUCCUUCGGCCAGGAUGAGGACCCCUCUCUCGCCCCAGAGUCCCCUGUGGUGAGUGCCAGCUCUGAGGACCCUGCUGUGGCAGCCGGCGGUGGAGGGGGCACCAUGGGGCCCGAGCCGAGGAGAGGGUCUGCUAAGACCAGGCGCGACAAGGAGAAGCAGGGCUGCAGGAGCUGCGGCGAGACCUUCAACUCCAUCACCAAGAGGAAGCACCGGUGCAAGCUGUGCGGGGCGGUCAUCUGUGGGAAGUGCUCCGAGUUCAAGGCUGAGAACGGCAGGCAGAGCCGAGUCUGCCGAGAGUGUUUCCUGACCCAGCAGGUAGCACCUGAGACCCCCAGCCCUGAGGCGGCGCCCGAGGACCCCAAGCACAGCACAGAGAAGGCAGCGGCUGUGGACACCCAGCCCAGCCUGCUCUGUGGUCACCUGCGGGUGUCAGACAGCGGUGACGCUUGGAGCGAGGUGUGGGCUACCAUCCCCGCGUCCGAGCCCCUGGAGCUGGUGCUGCACCUGCAGGGAGGCAGCCAGGCUGGCCGGCCGCCACGCACCAUCCCCCUCUCGGGCUGCACAGUGAGCGUGCCGGACCCCACGGAGACUCUGGACACCGGGCAUGUGUGGCGGCUACAGCAGGCCCAGCAGGCCCUGUACCUGAGCACCCCGUCGGCAGAGCAGCAGCAGCGGUGGCUGGAGGCCCUGAGCGCAGCUGCCCGUGGAGACCCGGCUCGGGCCUUCCCAGGGGCCCCGUGAGCUGAGCCUCCGCCAGGUGUCCCCGCUCCGCAGCCACCACGGUGGGGCCUGUUGUCACCUGGGAGGUGGCGUCGGAGGCCACGUGCAGGUGCAAAGGGCUCGGACCGCUGGGGGUGGACAGGUCACGGGGCGCUUGACCCUGAAGGGACCUCUCAGAAGUGGAGGAAACAGGCCCAGAGGGGGCAGCUGCCCACCCAGCACGUCUCCGCAAAGAGCCUGGUUCUGCCCUCGGCCCCAGCUGUGUGGCCUGGAGUGAGGGUGCUGGCAGACUGUCUAUUGUGGGGCGCCAGCUCUGGAAGGCAGAAGGAGCGACUUGGGGGUACCCGGGGCCUGGUGGAGGUCUGUAGUCCUGCCUUCCCUCUCUGCUGCCCCACCCCCGCCCCAUCCACACCGUCUGUACCCAUGAGCUGAACUGUGACCAACCAGUGGUGGACUCCACCCCUCCUCCACCCUGUCCGGGCCCCGAGGCCCACCUCCCCAUUCGGACUGGCUGGUGGUCAGCCUGGGCCAUCCCUGCGGGACCUCCCUGGGAAAGUCAGCAGAGGCCAGCAGAGGCCUGAGUUGUGUGCGUGGCCAGCGGCAGGACCUGCUUGUCUGCAGAAAUAAAUGCUGGCAGCCA